AUGGACCAACCUGCUGUGAAAACGUCGCUCAUAGAUAUCACCAACAAAUUGAAAGAUCCUCCAUGUCGCAUUGUUCUAAAGUGUGAGUACGAGCAACCUUCUGGUUCGUUCAAGUUGAGAGGAAUGGGCUAUUUGGUUGCUUUGUCUAUCGACAAGGCAAGGAAAGAAAAAAAGGAAGGUAUCCAUGUUUUCUCUUCCUCUGGUGGUAAUGCUGGUUUGGCAGCUGCUUAUGCUAGUAAGUAUUUCAAUGUUCCGUGCACUGUUGUACUUCCUGUUUCUUCAAAAGCUGUGGUUCACGAAAAGUUAAGGAGCCUUGGUGCGAAUGUUGUCAUCCACGGAAACCACUGGGGUGAAGCCGACGACUACUUGAGAACAACGGUGAUUCCAAGUAUAGACAAAUCGGUAUCUCCUGUCUAUUGUCAUCCUUUUGACAACCCAUUGUUGUGGGACGGCCAUGCUGCUUUCAUUGAUGAAAUCAUAACUGAAAACCAAUUGACUGCUGACGAGUUAAAGAAGGUCAGAGCUGUGGUAUGUAGUGUUGGUGGUGGUGGCUUGUACAAUGGAGUUGUCACUGGAUUGGAAAGAAACCCCCAGUUGAAGAAUGUUCCUGUCAUCUCCAUAGAAACACACCAAGCUCCAACCUUCCAAGUGUCGCUUGAAGCUGGAGAGUUAACUCAUCUCAAGACCAUCAAUACCAUUUCCACUUCAUUGGGUUCUCCAUACAUCUCCCAAGCAUCGUUGGACAACUACAAGUCGCAUCUGACUUUCCACGAAGUCAUUGACGACGUGGAGGCUGCAAGAGGAGUGGUCGAUUUCUAUGAUGUAUCACAAACUUUCACAGAGCCAGCCUGUGGAGCUUCGUUGAGCGUAGCCUUUGAUAGAACUGAUCUCUUGUUGAAAAACUUGGACAACUUGGCAAAAGACGAUAUCGUUAUUAUUGUAGCCUGCGGUGGCUCCGGGACCAAUUCAGAGACAUUGGCUGAGUACAGAAAGUUGGCAGAAAAGAAGUAG